CCAACGCUAUUAACCAUGAGAGUCAAGAACUUCUCCUUUUGGCUUCUUGCCUUUGUCAUUUCACUCUUUUCCAUCAUACUUGCUUUCUAUUCCAUCCCCCCUUCCUCUACAGAUUCUAUUUCACCCAUUACUCAAAACAACUUUCAACUCUCUAUUCUCAAAAGGGUUUUAAAGCAAAGUGGUCUUGAGAAUUUCUUACCUCUUCUCACAAGGUUUUUCUCUACAAGGCAUCAUCAUCACCAUAGGAGGCACAGGUUCAAAUGUGAUAAAACUACAUGGAAGAAUAGGCUCAUUUCCCAUUUCAAAAUGGUCAUAUAUCGUUAUAGAGUUUCCCUCAUUUUUACUGUUGACACUAAGUGUUGUGCAAAUUUCACUAGUGUACAAAAGGCAGUAGAUGCAGUUCCAGAUUUUAGUCCCUCUAGGACCCUCAUUAUAAUUGAUUCUGGUAGUUACAGGGAGAAAGUGGUAGUACACGCUAACAAGACAAACUUAAUAUUUCAAGGUCGGGGUUAUCUCAACACAAUCAUAGCAUGGAAUGACACUGCUAAUUCCACUGGAGGAACUCCUUAUAGCGCUUCUGUUGCCAUCUUUGCUCCCAAUUUCACAGCUUAUAAUAUAAGCUUUCAGAAUACAGCGCCGGCGCCAUCCCCGGGGGAUGUUGGAGGGCAGGCGGUGGCUCUAAGAAUAGGAGGAGAUCAAGCUGCCUUUUAUGGAUGUGGAUUUUAUGGAGCACAAGACACUCUUCAUGAUGAUCGCGGAAGACAUUAUUUCAAAGACUGUUUCAUUCAAGGCUCCAUCGAUUUCAUUUUCGGAAAUGGUAGAUCCCUCUAUCAGGAUUGCAGCGUCAGUUCAAUAGCGAAGGAAGGGACAGCAGGGGUGAGUGGUUGCAUAACAGCUCAAGGGAGAGAAUCAGAGGUCGAGGAAACAGGGUUUUCGUUUGUGAAUUGUAAAAUUGAUGGAAGCGGAAGAGUGUGGCUAGGGAGAGCUUGGGGAGUUUAUGCAAGUGUUGUUUUUAUAAAAACUUAUAUGACAGAAGCUGUUUCUCCUGAUGGAUGGAAUGAUUGGAGAGAUCCCUCUAGAGACCAGACGGUGUUCUUUGGAGAGUACCAGUCUUAUGGGCCAGGAGCGAAUUUUACGUAUAGAGUUUCAUACGGAAAGCAGCUUAUGGAAUAUGAAGCAGCUCCAUACAUGGACAUCUCAUACAUUGAUGGGAAUGAAUGGCUUCACCUUCAAGACAUUGUAAUGCCUACUCCUGAAGACGAUUGGGGCAUAACUUUCAUUCAGGAUUGCUAAUUUAUAUUCAGAAAAAUAUCAAGUAAUUUAAGCUC